CACCGCAUGUUAUGCCUAGCUUUUAUCACCGCCCCAUUGCCUUAAUGGAAUAUUGUUUACAGUUUUCUUUUUCUUUUUCUUUUUCUAAUUCUAUAUUUUUCUUAAAUUAAUAUAUAUGUUUAAACCUUCUUUUCUUUUUUUGUUUUUCUAGAAGCCGAAGUUAGAUCCGUUUGGGGCAUCAUCUAUGAUUUGGAAACUGAAUCACUCAAAACACAACAGAUGAACAUACAUACAUAAUUAAAAAAAAACGUAUUAAGGAGAUAUUAAUACAUAUUCUAUAUAUAGAGAUAUAUUGAAGCAUGUGGAGGAGAUUGUGGUGUUGCGAGGCUUUGAAGCAGGGCGUAUCUGCGGCGGUUGGGAGGAGACCUCUGCCUUCGCCGCUGAAUCCGCUGCUGAUGGAGGGAUUGGCUGUAAGAACCGAUCCAGUAUCCUGGGGGAGAAAAGUUUGGUUAUCUUCUUCAUCUUCCGAUGCCAAUGCAACAUCUGAUUCCAAAAACGCAGGAGCAGGACUGGAAAGCAUAACAUUCCCGGAGGCCAAGAAGCUGAUGAGGCUGGUAAACGUGGAAUCACUCAAGACGAAGCUUGGAAUGGAAGGCAAAGAGGUGAUAGGCUACUCGGAGUUAUUGGAGGCCUGCGAAAGCAUGGGCGUUGCCAGAUCUCUGGAAGAGGCCAUUGCUUUUGCACGCGUUCUCGAUGAGGCAGGCGUCAUACUUCUAUUCCGCGACAAGGUUUAUCUUCAUCCUGAUAAGGUGGUGGAUCUGGUUAGAAAAGCAGUACCUCUUGCAUUGGCUUCUGAUGAUGAUCCCAUUAGAGAUGAGCUAAAGAGGCUGCAGGAGAAGAAGGAAGAAAUUGAUGUGCUGGCACAUAAGCAAGUUCGCCGCAUCCUUUGGACUGGUCUAGGAUUAGCUGUGGUACAAGUUGGACUCUUCUUCCGACUAACAUUUUGGGAAUUUUCAUGGGAUGUUAUGGAACCGAUUGCAUUUUUCACCACUACUACUGGAAUAGUCAUAGGCUAUGCUUACUUCCUGUUCACUUCAAGAGAUCCCACAUACCAAGAUCUGAUGAAGAGGCUUUUUCUCUCCAGGCAGAGGAAAUUGUUCAAGAAACAUAAUUUUGAUAUCGGCAGAUGGAAGGAGUUGCAAAAGAAGUGCAAAACACCUCUAGAUGCCUCUGCAUCUAUUCGAAAUCGUGUAGGGUUAGAACUCGAAUUGGAUGAUGCAUUACAUAAGGAUUAGCUUUAUCUCCACCUUCUCUUUUUA